CAGGCCGAAGCCCGGCCUGCGCAGCACAGUACAAGACCUCCAGGCACGCCCGCACCUUCUUUCUUCUCCAGCCCUAGCCGCGGCGCCGCCGAAGCCGCCUCCACCUCCUCCCCCCUUAUCUCCCCUUCGACUGGCACUGGGUUGGCGUGGAGAGGAGAUCCACCCGUACUUGGGACUGAUUUGUCUUCUCGUUAGGCCUAUACAUGGCAGGAAGACACCGUGCACCUCGCCAAUACUAUGAUGAGCCUCGAGGAUUUCGUGAUGGCCCACCUCCUCCACUUGCACGAGCAAGGCCUCUCUCUCCGCGUCGCUUGGAGGAUGAAUUGUCUAGCCGUCAUGCUGAGAUGCGCAGAAUCCGUGAAGACAACCAGCGUCUGGCGGAUGAGAUUGUUGGUCUCAGGCAAACAAUGCCUCAUUUGAAAGAAGAUCUCCAUGCCUCAAGUCAGGCUAUACCUAAGCUCCGUGCAGAGAAAGAACUUGAAUCGAGGGAGUUGACUCAGAGGAACCUGAAGCUGGAAGCUGAGCUACGUGCCUUAGAACCCCUUAGGCAAGAUGCUUUGCAUCUGCGAUCUGAAGCAGGUAAACUACAGUCUUUGAGGCAAGAGUUGGCUGCAAAGGUUCAGGGUCUGUCAAAAGAGCUUGAUCAUCAGAAGUCUGAAAGGCAGAAAAUACCUGCUAUGAUAGCUGAACGUGAUGCUCUGCGGCAUGAACUGAUCCAGACUAGGGCGGCACUUGAGUACGAGAAGAAGGCAAAUCCAGAGCUGACAGCACAGGUGCAGGCAAUGGAGAAAGAUCUUGUAGCUAUGGCUCAGGAGGCUGAGAAGCUGAGGGCUGAUAUUGCGAAGAGAAGUGCACCUAGUUUCAGCAGCCACGGAACUUACGGAGCACCUUUGUCGACUCCUGUUAUGGGUUUGCAAGGCAUCUAUGAUGGUGGCUAUGCUUCAAUUGGGAGUCGCUAUGGCACUGGGCCCUGGGGAUCGCAUGAUCCCCAUGGUUAUCCGCGCCAGUGAUUGGACUUCUGAUCCUCGUUCGUCCCUUGACAGUGCCCUAUCUUCAUAAGCUGUUGGGUUCUGACUGUGACAAAGCUUCUCUUUGUAGUAAAAUUUGUGGUCCACCAUUGCUAUCUUUGCUGGCCAAUACACAGCACUAUACCAGCUCGUGUUAUCAUAGUACAUCGCGUCAGAAAAUAUAAUCCAGUCUCAAAAUUAUAUAUAUAAUAUCAAGGAGUUGCUUAUUAUUUA